AUGCGCUCCAGCAUCCUCUUCGCAGCUCUCUUAGGCGCAAGACAGCGCGUUCUGGGUGCUUACACGCUCAAGGAUAAUUACUCUCCUUCGAAUUUCUUUUCCAUGUUCAACUUUUGGACGGCCGCUGAUCCUACGAAUGGCAACGUCAAAUAUCUAGACCAGUCUACAGCCCAAUCUCAGGGCAUAAUCUCGACCACAGCCUCAAGCGUCUACAUCGGCGUCGACCACAUCAAUGUGACGCCUCAGGGCCGAAGCAGCAUCCGUAUCCAGAGCAAGAUCCAGUACACGCAUGGCUUGUUCAUUCUGGAUCUUGCGCACAUGCCCGGAAGCAUCUGCGGAAUAUGGCCAGCCUUCUGGACACUCGGUCCCAACAAUUGGCCACAAGAUGGUGAAAUCGACAUCCUAGAAGGCGUCAACACCCAGUCCCGCAACAGCAUGGCCCUCCACACGACGCAGGGCUGCACCAUUACCGGCACCGGCGAAAGCGGCACCGUCUUAACCACCAACUGCUGGGCCAAAGCACCGGGCCAGGCCUCAAAUUCAGGCUGUGGCGUCUCUAGCAAUACCGCGGGCUCGUACGGUGAUGAUUUCAACACUGCGGGCGGUGGGUUGUACGUGAUGGAAUGGACCUCCCAAGCCAUCAAAAUCUGGUUCUUCACCCAUAGCACCACGCCCCCCGAUAUCCUUUCCAACUCCCCCAACCCCGCGCAAUGGGGUGUACCUCAAGCCAACUUCGCCGGCGACUGUCCGAUCGACAGCCACUUCGCCAACCACCAAAUCGUCUUCGAUCUCACGUUCUGUGGGGACUGGGCCGGGAAUGUGUGGGCGAGUACGCCGAGUUGCUCUAGCAAAGCGGCGACGUGCGCGGAUUGGGUGAUUAAUAACCCGGCGGCUUUUGCUGAAGCUUAUUGGCGGAUCAACUCGCUCACAGUCUAUAGUCAGUGAUCUCCGAGAUGAAAGGCGAGGGGAGUUUAAGAUGAUUAUGAUUUCAACAGCGGAUGAGCGAAGAGGUUAUUGAGAAAGGUAAUAUCCCAAAUUCUGCAACCAUUCACCGACGAGGCUUUCACUUCUCAUACAGACUUGGGGAAUGUAUAUGCCUCUUGCAGUAGAUAUUGGAAUCGGAGACUAAUACAGG